AGUACUAUGACGCGCAUCAUCCGCAGAAGAAGAAACAUCGUUAGCGGUAGUGAGUCGCAUUCAGAGAAACAGCAGCAGAAAAAUCAUGGAGGAAACCGCGAAAAAGGAGAAAAAGCAGUCCGAGAUCAAAGAGGAGAAGGACAAAAAACCGGCAGGGAAAGACAAAGAGAAGAAAGAGGAUCAGGAGCUGUCAGAGGAGGAUAAACAGCUUCAGGAGGAGCUGGAGAUGCUCGUGGAGAGACUCGGUGAGAAGGACACGUCUCUGUACCGUCCGGCUCUGGAGGAACUACGGCGUCAGAUCCGCUCCUCCACGACCUCCAUGACCUCGGUGCCCAAACCGCUCAAGUUCCUGCGGCCGCAUUACGCCAAACUCAAGGACAUCUGCCAGAACAUGUCUCCGGGAGAGAACAAGCACUUCUGUGCAGACGUGGUGUCUGUUCUGGCCAUGACCAUGAGCAGCGAGCGAGAGUGUCUGAAGUACCGUCUGCAGGGCUCCCAGGAGGAGCUGGCCUCGUGGGGCCACGAGUACGUCAGGCAUCUGGCCGGAGAGGUGGCUAAGGAAUGGCAGGAGGUCGAGGAAGGGGAUAAAGCUCAGCAGGAAGUGCUGCUGAAGCUGGUCAGAGAGAUCGUCCCGUAUAACAUGGCCCAUAAUGCCGAGCACGAGGCCUGUGACCUCCUGAUGGAGAUCGAGCGGCUCGACAUGCUGGACACGUACAUCGAUGAAAACGCCUACGCUAAAGUCUGCCUGUACCUGACCAGCUGUGUGAGUUACGUCCCCGAACCGGAGAACUCGGCUCUGCUGAAAUGUGCUCUCAACAUCUUCCGCAAGUUUAACCGUUACCCAGAAGCCCUCAGGCUCGCGCUGAUGCUCAAUGACGUGGAGCUGGUGGAGAACAUCUUCACUUCCUGCAAGGACAUUGUGAUUCAGAAGCAGAUGUCGUUCAUGUUGGGGCGUCACGGCAUGUUCCUGGAGCUCAAUGAAGAUGUGGAGGAUUAUGAAGAUCUGACGGAGAUCAUGUCCAACGUGCAGCUCAACAGCAACUUCCUUGCUCUCGCGAGAGAGUUGGACAUCAUGGAGCCGAAAGUGCCAGACGACAUUUACAAAACCCACCUGGAGAACAACCGGUUCGGCAGCAGCGGCUCGCAGGUGGACUCCGCUCGCAUGAAUCUGGCCUCCUCCUUCGUCAACGGCUUCGUCAACGCUGCGUUCGGACAGGACAAGCUGCUCACGGAGGACGGGAACAAGUGGCUGUACAAGAACAAGGACCACGGCAUGCUGAGCGCAGCGGCGUCUCUGGGGAUGAUUCUGCUGUGGGACGUGGACGGAGGUCUGACGCAGAUCGAUAAAUACCUCUAUUCAUCCGAGGACUACAUCAAAAAAACAGCCCUGCUGGCGUGUGGGAUCGUUAACUCGGGCGUUCGUAACGAGUGUGACCCCGCUCUGGCGCUGCUCUCUGAUUACGUCCUUCACAACAGCAACAUCAUGAGGAUCGGCGCCAUCUUCGGGUUGGGUCUGGCGUACGCCGGCUCUAACAGAGAGGAUGUUCUCUCACUGCUACUUCCUGUCAUGGGAGACUCCAAAUCCAGCAUGGAGGUGGCGGGCGUGACGGCGCUGGCGUGUGGCAUGAUCGCCGUGGGUUCCUGUAACGGUGAUGUCACUUCCACCGUCCUGCAGACCAUCAUGGAGAAGAGCGAGCAGGACCUCAAAGACACGUACGCUCGCUGGCUGCCCCUCGGCCUCGGACUCAACCAUCUGGGUAACUAGAAUAUACAGUACAGUACAUACAGUAAAAACUUCUCAGGUGUUGCAAUCGAGACGACUCUGCAACCCCUCAAAUCCUUCCCCAAACCCUUCCCCAUCCUCAGAUCAACCAACACACUGGUGGACGUCUGCGCAUACGCAGGCUCCGGGAACGUGCUGAAGGUCCAGCAGCUGCUGCAUAUCUGCAGCGAACACUACGACAACAAGGACAAAGACGACGAUAAAGACAAGAAAGACAAGAAAGACAAAGAUAAGAAGGAGACGGCUGCAGAUAUGGGCUCCCAUCAGGGUGUGGCAGUGCUGGGUAUCGCUCUCAUUGCGAUGGGUGAGGAGAUCGGCUCAGAAAUGGCCCUGCGCACGUUUGGUCACCUGCUUCGUUACGGUGAGCCCACGUUAAGGAGAGCCGUACCGUUAGCGCUCGCUCUGAUCUCCGUCUCCAACCCUCGGCUGAACAUCCUGGACACGCUCAGCAAGUUCUCACACGACGCCGACCCCGAAGUGUCUCACAACGCCAUCUUUGCCAUGGGGAUGGUGGGCAGCGGCACUAAUAACGCGCGUCUGGCGGCGAUGCUCAGGCAGCUGGCGCAGUAUCACGCCAAAGACCCCAACAACCUGUUCAUGGUCCGCCUCGCUCAGGGUCUCACUCAUCUGGGGAAAGGCACGCUGACGCUCUGCCCGUAUCACAGUGACCGGCAGCUCAUGAGUCAGGUGGCUGUAGCCGGACUCCUCACAGUCCUCGUGUCCUUCCUGGACGUCAAGAACAUAAUCCUGGGGAAGUCUCACUAUGUUCUGUACGGUUUGGUGGCGGCGAUGCAGCCUCGUAUGCUGGUCACAUUCGACGAGGAGCUCCGACCGCUGCCGGUGUCUGUGCGAGUAGGACAGGCUGUAGAUGUGGUGGGGCAGGCCGGGAAACCCAAAGCCAUCACAGGUUUCCAGACUCACACCACGCCGGUGCUGCUGGCUCACGGUGAGAGAGCGGAGCUGGCCACAGAGGAGUACAUCCCCGUCACACCCAUCCUGGAGGGCUUCGUCAUCCUGCGCAAGAACCCCAGCUACGACGCUUAGACGCACGCCUGGACUCUAUUUAAAGCCCCGUCUCCUCGUCCUGUAACUAGAGCAUGACAUGAGUGUGAGGUCAUCACCCCGCUGAACAGUUCCGCUUCUUUUUGUUACUUGUUCUGUAAAAGGUUGAGAUACAAAAAAUGAAUAAAAGAAUUGUGGUUAAA